AUGAGAUGGACAAAAACUUUGCCAAUUUCUUCAUUUCUACUACAUACCAAAUCUUUCUCUUCUUCUUCAACCUCUCUUACCUCAAUUUUACUCUCGAAACUGAAAACCCAUAUACCAUCAGUAGAUCCUCUAAUUUCCCAGAAACCCAUAAUUCCAAAUGAAUUACCACAUUCAGAUAAUCUCAAAGCUGGAAAUUUGCAAAUACCCAUCUCACAAAAUCAUCAAGAUUCCACCUCUCUUUCUCAAUCCAAUGUAGUAAGUGUUUGUUUGAGCUUAAAAAAUCACCCUUUAUCUGCUCUGAAAUACUUCAAUUGGGUUGAGAAACAACGUGGAUUUAGUGGAGGAGAUGAAUAUUUCUAUUUUUUGUUUCAAAUUUUGUUAAGCUCGAAUUGUAAAAAUGGGGAGAAAUUAGUGAGAGAAUUGGUGUCAAGUCAGCAUUGCCCUGAUGCUACUAUUGUCAUUCAAGGCCUGAUGGAAAGCGCGGCGAGGUUCGAGUUUUGUAUUACUGAUCGAGCUUUUAAAUCUUUGUUGAAUGCUUUUGUUUAUGCUGAUAGAAUAGAUGAUGCAAUUGUUUGUUCUAAUUUUAUGCUUGAUCAUUUUGGUAAGUGUUUAGGGACAUCAUUUGCAAAUUUUCUAUUGUUAGCAUUGAUUAAAAUGAAUAGGUUUAAUGAAGUUGAGGAGUUGCUUAAUAAUAUGUUUACAAAAGGGAUGACUGGAGAUGUCAAGAUCAUUUGGAAAUUGAUGAGAUCAUGUUUAACAAGAAGGAAAUUUGACGAAGCGGAGCAAUUGUUUAGGAAAUCUAAGGAUAUUGGGUUUCAAUUAGGUGAAAAAACAUAUAGUCGUGCUGUUGAAGCUGUUAGUAAGAAACCUGAUUCAAAUGCAGCUUGUGAGUUGUUGAAGGAAAUGAAAGAGAAGAAUUGGGUGCCCUCUUCUUCUACCUUUAACUAUGUUAUUAAAGCGUGUGUACAGCAGAAGAACAUGGUGGAAGCUUUGAGGGUAAAGAAUGAGAUGAUUUCGUGUGGGAGACCGAUGUAUAUGGUUGUUUUAACCAGUUUAAUGAAGGGAUAUUGUGAAUUGGGUGAUAUGGAGAGUGCUUCCAGUUUAUUUGCCAAUAUCAUUAAGGAUGGACAUUCUCCUAUAAGGCUCGCUUUCUUGGUGUUAAUCAGAGGAUACUGUAAGAAGGGGAAUGUGGAAGAAGCCUUGAAGCUUUACAACCUAUGUAUAAAAAUGGGUAUUCAAUCAAGUCUUUAUAUAACCUUUCUAUUAAUUAAAGGGUUCUUGGAUGCUCGGGCAUGGGAGAGAGCUUUUGAACAGCUUAUAACGGCAGUUGACUCUGGCGUUAUUAAAAGAGCUGCAUAUAACUUUCUUAUGGCAUGGCUUUGCGCAGAGGGUAAAGUUGAUAAAGCUCGGCGGUUGUGGGAAAAAAUAGUGGAAACUAAAAGCAUACCAAGUGUAGUUUCUUACAAGUAUUUUGGUAAAUAUAAGGAAAGUAAUGUUGGUUUUUCAGAUGAUAUGGUUGGCAAGGGUUUUAAACCCAAUGCUAUCACCUAUACAAUCUUAAUGGAGGGUUAUUUCAAGAAGGGAGAGGUGGAGAAAGCCCUCAAAGUAUUUGAUGAAAUGGUGAACCAAGGGACUUUCUGUAUAGCUUACACAUACAACACUAUCAUUCGUGGACUGUGCUACAAUGGCCAAACAUCUCAGGCGAGGAAGAUGUUGGAGAAGUUCACGGAGGGGGGUAAUUUCACACCAUCCUUCACUACUUACAAUUUUAUUAUUGACGGAUAUAUCGUGGAAAAUGACAUUGAUUCUGCAUCGUCUGUCUAUACUGAGAUGGCCAAAAUGGGAAUCUCUCGGGAUACAUUAGUGAAGAGAAAUUCGGUUGACAACUUGUGCAAAAUCAAUGAGCAUGGUCAUGCUCUGAAGAUGAUAAGUAUGAUGGUGGACAAGGGUUGUCACAUGGAUGUUUCGGCAUAUGAGGCACUUAUUUAUGGUUUUUGCAAAAGAAGAAAGAUGAAAAGUGCCUUGGUACUUUUCUCUAAAGUCCUUUACGCAGGGUUGCCUCCUAGCCAAUACAUUUUGAAUUGCAUAAGUAAAAGUUUCAGGUUAUAG